GUAACUCGCGUUGGUUUCAAAUCUUCGCUGAACCAGACACCUCACCACCCGAAUCUCUGUUGUGGAAGAUGAAGGCAAACUAUCAAGGCAUCGUAUUACACAGGUGGUGUGGUAAUCUUCCCGCGUGAUUGAUAAGAGCCAGUCUGAUAAGGAGGUUGAGGACGGUGAGAAGCAAGAUAGCACAACCACACUGUCCAGUCUCAGUCUUGUGAUAAGUGCGUGCCGAGGGAGAGCUUUCCUUUCACUGUGUGUGUUUGAGAAAGAAUGGAAGAGAAACGCAUGGUCAUCGUUGGAGUGGGCGGGGUGCUUGUGAUCAUGACCAUCACGCUGCUGGCUGUGACCCUGACCGACGAGGGAGAUUCAGGGGGCGGCGGCGACCCUGACAUCAAACUCAACAAGACGAACCCUCUUCUCCUGAUCUCUCUCGAUGGCUUCAGACACGAUUACAUAUACCGGAGUGUACCCACGCUGGAGACCCUGGCGCGGGAAGGGGUGCAUGCGAGGUUCUUGAUGCCCUCCUACCCGACGCUCACUUUCCCCAACCAUUACUCCAUCGUGACGGGGCUGUACCCAGAUGAUCACGGCAUCGUCGCCAAUGGUUUCUAUGACCCAGACUUCAAUGAAACUUUCAGCAUGGGUGUGAAAGACGGGAAGUGGUGGGGCGGAGAACCCAUCUGGAACACGGUGACUAUGCAGAACAAGACUAGCGCCACCUAUUUCUGGCCUGGCUCCGACUGUGACAUCAAUGGCCUCUACCCGGACCAUUAUUAUAACUACAACUCCAACGUUUCUUUCGCUGAUAGAGUCGACCAGGUUGUGACGUGGCUGUCGCUGCCGGAGGAGGAACGGCCAGACUUCGUGUCCCUUUAUUUCAGGGAGCCGGACCACACUGCGCACGCUGAGGGACCUGACUCACUCGCUGUGAACGAUAUGCUUAAAGAGAUGGACGGAUUCAUCAAUCGACUGCUCUCAGGCCUGAAGGAGAGGAAGGUGUUGGAUCAGGUUAAUAUAAUCGUGCUGGCGGACCACGGCAUGGCUCGGUCCGGUAGCUUGGGCGCCCUCCAGCUCACUGACUAUGUUCCCAACCUCGCCAGUCUCACCACCUCUAACUAUAGUACCUACGGAUCCUUCACGACGCUGAGGCUGAAGAACCCGAACGAAGCAAACCUUGAGAGCAUGCUGAAGAACUUGACAUGUUCAGCGGGGCCUUCCACCAUGAGGGCCUUCUUGCCGAGCGACCUACCCAAGCGCUUCCACUACUCGAAGAACAAGCGCAUUGGAGACAUCGUGCUUGAUUUGGACAGCGGCUACUUCACCAAACAUCCCGACUACCCGGAUUGGAAGGAUCUCUUAGGAAACCACGGCUACGAUAAUCAUAUAUCCACCAUGGGCGCUUUCUUCAUCGCCUCGGGCCCGGAUUUCAAGAAGAACGUAACACUACAGCCCUUCAAGAACAUCGAAAUUUAUAACCUCAUGUGCUACCUCCUGGACGUUGAGCCCGCACCCAACAAUGGUACGGAGGGCGCUCUCUACGCCGCCCUGCUCAACCCUCCUUUCUUCCCCGAUCUACCCGUGGAAACUCCCCCACCAGCGGCAAAGUUCCCUCCUGACGCCGAACUGAACGACCAAACGCUUCAUUUGGCCAACUGCACGGGAGAUCCAGCUGACAAAACUUUGGCGUGGCUGCAGGAAAUCAACAUAGGCGAGAGUGAACAGAAGACUCUCGAGGCACUUCAUCUGCCCUGGGGUGUUCCUUUGUCUGGGAAUCGCUCGGAUAGCCUCCUCCUCCUCCACCACAAUGACCACGUCACGGGCUAUUCCGUAGACCUGAAGAUGAGAUUAUGGACGAGGUUGAUAUCAUGCAUUAAAGUUUCUGAGGCUAACCACCUUCUUCAUCCCUUAGGCUAUUCCGUAGACCUGAAGAUCCCACUCUGGACGAGCUUCGCCAUGACAGGGGUGAACUUGAACCCGCUGGUGGAGGAGUGGAGCAGUGACGUUCGCCUCUCAAGCAACACCACGCCUUCCUGUGCAGCGUAUGAUGACUUCACCGUGGAGGAUUGGAAUGUUACGAUGUUCCCGCUCUUCAAUCCUAUAUUUUCCAACUCUUCUGGCGCUCCCGAAGUCCCGUUCUUGGUGAGCAACGCCGUGCCGCUGGUCAACUCGAGCAAAACCGAGGACACCUUGAUGACCCUCGCGAGGAACACGUGGAGUCUGCAAAACUCUCCCCUCAACUUCGUCAUGGGAGUUGCUUUCGACUACGAUGCAGAUACCCUCGCAGAUGAGACCAUCAAUGCCACGAAACUGGCGGUCCCUUCCCAUUUCUUCGUUGUGGUCACCCGCUGCAGGCAAAUGGUACCCUCUAUCACUAAUUGCACGAAUGCAGAUCUCGACUCCCAGGCCUUCAUCCUCCCGCAGUUCCAGACCGCCAGCAAUGACUGUUUGACGGGGAUGAAGUACGCCACCUUCCACCUGUCUACGGUACAGGAUGUGGAGCAGCUGACGGGCCUCACCUUCUUCCCCUCCCUCGAGCCUGAGACCCGCCUACAGCUCGCCCUCGGGAUCCACACCUACGUUUGGCGAUAGGUUGGGUAUUUAGUGUGGCGAGAAUGGCCUAAGAGAGAGUCAUUGAUAAGGGUGAGUUUGGACAUAAGCUCCUCGGAUGGCAUUUUAUUUUGCAUUAGUCUGCCGCUCUUCCACCACACUGUCUUUACCCUUAUUAUUAUUAUUAUUGCUACUAUUGCUACUACUACUACUACUACUACUACUACUACUACUACUUCUACUAUCAUAUAAAAAAAUACCAUAAUAAUUCUAGCACACUACUAUCAUCUUCAUCUGCAUCAUCUUAUUUUUCUUUCAUCGCUGUAUGCUCAUAUUUCUCUUACUGGACAUGCUAGAGGGAGUAACUAAUUAAGACACUGUUCAUAUAUUUUUCCUCUGGCAUUAAUGUUGCAUAGCUUAAUUACUUUUGGCGUUGUUCAAUAUUUUUUAGGCCCAUGUCACAAGCUCUCCCCUCCUAAUUAAGCUAUUCCCUUGAGAUCAUUUCCAACAAGAUCACUUACGCCAUUUCAGUGAGUCACGCUUACGGGUUAACGAGUACAUCUCACAUACGGAUUGCCUCUCUUAGUAGUAGUAUAUGGAGCGAAUAGUUCAAAAUAAGGUUGUGUGUUGUUAAACGUAGGUGGAAAUCAGUGUAGAAGCUGCCAUUUGUCGUCCCAUAUUCUCAAACACGCUCAAGUAUGAUCUGGCUUUUUGUAGAGGUUGUGGGCAUUUCCAAGGGUAGUUUUAUGAGCCUGGUGGUAGUUUGACAAGGCUUCUGCACCAUGAAUGUGAAAAAGCACUCAUGAGAACCGGCCUGACUUAUCUCCUUUGUGGCCGCUGGAAGUAUUUUGUUGUGACAGGUGAGUGUCUGAGAAUAUGGGCCAUUGACAUAUCUUUUAAUUAAAUAAGGGAGAGCUUGGAAUCAGCCUGUUAAAAAAUAGUGUAUAAGCAUUUGUCACAUUGCUGUCUUGAAGUACCACAAGUGUGCACGGCCAAACCAUGUAAGUGCAAUUUUGAGAGUAUAAUUUAUUACUGCAUAGAAUAUCACAUAAUUAUAAAGUUCAAUGUUUCCAAGGUUAUUCAUCAGGACAGCUGGCUAAUAAUUAGUGGUUUGUUAGCAAUGUCCUGCCUUAAAUAGAUAAUGUUCAUAAAUUCUAUAAGUAAUUUGUGGAGGUGUAUCUUAUAAACGAUUCCACUCACUAUCCAAAGUGAGUUGUUACAAUUCAUGAAAAUGGUGAAGAAAUGCAUUUUUAUUUAUAGAACUAAGUAAUUAACCUGCACCGAGCCAUGUGUUUUCCUCUUUUAGCACAAUAUAUGUAUCUGAUGCGUGUGACAGAGUUUGGAGGGUAAAGCUGUCUAUCAUUAUAUAACUCGAUGCUCACACUUCUCAUCAUCAGACACAAGGCAUAGUAGUUAAAAUUACACAUCACUUGUGCAUCCGACAUUUAAAUUGUUCAUAUCAAGUAUAUAAUCUCUCCACAGUGGCCCAUUAUGGUUUGAUGUGAGGCCAAUUCUUUUAAUUUUGGAUAAUGAAAGGACAAAAUGAUCAUUGGUCAUGUAAUAAUCCAUACAUAAACAAUAAAUUUUUAACUAAUUUAUAAAAUGUACAAAAUUUUUAACCAAUUUCAUCUGUGAGGCUCCCAACAAACCAUCUGAGGCCGACACACCUCCAUGGGAACCAAACCAUGCUUCACCACACACCUCAGCCACACAAUGUGAUGCCCAGAGUCAUCAUUACCAUAAAGUUCCUGUGGUGCAGGAAUAUUAGAAUGUAUACAUAAAAAAGGAAGGAGUGGGGGAUAAUGAAGAUAAAAUGGCACAAUUGUACCCCAUUAUGAAAGCCAUAAUGACACCAUAUCACCUUAUUUAAGAAAUACAUUGUAAUCCUCCUGUAUUAUAGGAACUUUAUGCAAAUGAUAAAUCUAGGCAUCACAACAAUACACACAUCACUAAAGUAAUUCAUUGUGUACUGACACUUCUCACUAAGUUUUUUUUUACUCAAAAAUAUAUUAACACAGAUUUUCUUUCAGUCAUGUUAUUAUGUGAACACAAUGCAUAGUUCAGAUUUUUAAGGCAUAUUAUUAUGUACAACAGAGAAGGUCAUAUCAGACAGAGCUGAAAUUGUCAUAAUCUGGAAUUUGAAUCAGUGAAAAUUUGGUUAUUUAAUCAUUUGUUCAUAAUGCUUCAAAAAUAAUUUAUAUUCUCUAAAAAUAAUCAGCAGGGACAUGGGACAGCAGUCAUACAGAGCAAAAGUAUUUGAAAAUUACAUGACUGAACACUUAAAAGAAUACAGAAGUGGAACAUAGAUUUCUGAGCAUUCUCCCCAAGCAGACAUAUUGAAUAAUUCAGCACACACACACACACACACACACACACACACAUACCUCUGGAAGCUGUGGUCAUAACAUUAAUAACAUGUGUGCAGAUGAUGGCACAGGUGUUGUCAUUCACUACCAUUCAACCCUUGCUAUGUAAUCAUGACCCCUCAACCCCUCCUCCCCUUCCCCCACCACAACACACACAAAAAAAAGCUUCUCCAGAGACAACAAUGAAUGCAUAUUCAUAUAAAUAUAGUGUCUGAUAUGAACCAACAUAUACAGGCUAUUUCUGAGUAAUGUGUAGCACAAUUUAGAAGAUACAAUUACGAUAUAUACAUGCAAUUAGAAAAAUAAACCCUAAGAACUUCA